AGUUUGUAAGAUGGUUUGAUGCCUGAGUGCAGAUUUCCAUUUCACACUCCUCCAUACAUUUGGCUCUGUGGCUGAUUCUCCCAGCAGAUUAUGAUCUCACAGCAGAGUGGGAAUAGAAUCAGCCCUUCAUCUGGAGCCAGGGAUCACGUCAGGAUUAAGUGCAUGUGGGUGGUGGUCACAGUCAAUGCUCAGGAGCAGUGGAGCUGGAAGCAUGCAGUUCUUCUGGCUUUUCCCUUUUCACCUUGCAGGAAGUUAAUUUGUGGAUUGUUGUUGCUUGAGGAUGAAGAAUGACUCCGAGAUAAAAAGAGAAAUUUGAGUGAGUCAGCUGCCCACAACAACCACUGAACAACAUGAAGGUGAAGUGGACCAUGCUGGGCAUGGUCGUCUUCUUUCUGCUCUCUGUGGUCAUGACGUGCUGUUUCAUAUGGCAGUACAGGAUGCCAAAGCUGAAGACAGCAGUGAUUGUAAAAAAAGUGACAGUAGAGGAGAUGUGCCCUCGUUUUCCUGAGCCCGUGCCCCUCAAGCAUCCCAUCACAUCACUGAGGGUGGCCUUAGAAAAGAUAGACGUACUCCUGAGGUCAAGUGUUCACACCACCAAGUUACCAGCGAUAUCAGCCAUCGUGGUUUUAAAUGACUCUGUUCUGUGGAACGGACACUUUGGAAAGAAAAACAUAACUGAUCCUUCCUCAUCUGCACCCAAUGAGUACACAGUGUACAGAAUUGCAAGCCUCUCUAAAAUCUUCCCCACACUGAUGCUGUACAAGCUGUGGGAGGAUGGCCUGGUAGACUCUCUGGAUGACCCUUUGGAGAAGUACGCAAAUAAUUUCACCAUCAAGAACCCACUCGGGAAAAGUGAGGGACCAGCAUCCUCGUCAGUCAGGACCCUCAGGAGCCGCUCUCCAGCACUCAGUCUGCGCAGGAUGGCCAGCCAGGUCUCUGGGUUACCCAGAAGAUUAAGGUCCACUAAUCUCCUCUGGAGUGGAGACACACAGUCAGCUCUGAUUUUGUUGCAGGAUGAUGUCCUUGUGGCAGACCCAGGCACCAGAUGCCACUACAGCAAUGUUGCUUUUUCCUUAUUGGCCAAUAUCUUGGCCCAGAAGGUGACUGGCACAGACUUUGAGAGCUGGGUAUCAGAGAACAUUCUGGAAAAGCUCAGAAUGGAGCAAACUGGAUUCAGCUUAACUCCAGACAUUCAGAGGCAGAUGGCUUUGGGUGUGUACAGCAAUGGCCAGCUGGCUCCACUCUACAACCUUGGCUGGUACCGACCUGCAGGUCAGAUGUAUUCCACUACUGCUGACAUGGCCAAGCUCAUGAUGGCUCUUCUAGGUGUACAUGUUGGGACCCUGCUCCGCCAGGACACCCUGAACACCAUGCUGACCCCGGUCUUACGAUGCCAUAAUGGCUACUUCGCCAACUCCACCGGUACACCAUGGGAGAUCAAUGAGCAGUUUGGCUAUGAUGUGGUGAGGAAGGACGGCGACCUGGAUGGUUAUGCGGCCACCCUCUCCCUAGUACCAAGGCUAAAGUUAGGACUGGUAGUCCUGAUGGCUGGGGUUCGGCCUGCAGACCAGGACAUUGUGAGCCAGGCCUACAGCUAUCUCAUCCCUGUGGUGGUGAACGCUUUCAGAGACACUCAACAAAUGCUCAAACCACCACCUGACCCAGCUCCUUAUAUUGGUUUUUUUACUUUUAGGAAUAUGACUUUCUAUGAAAUCAAAGUGGAUUCAGAUGGAGUGUUAGUGAUGCAGCAGUUUGGACCACAGGUUGACACAACUGUGCCGUCCAAGUACCGAACUAUUCGCUUGGAUUACCUGCAGGACAGGGUGUUCAGGGUAGUGUUUGAGAGCCCAUACCCUUGCAAACUAAAGUUUAACAGUGCCUCAGUGUCCCUUGAGGCACAGGACAGGCAGAUCUUUAACUUUUAUGUCUUCAACAAAAAAGGUGUGUCACCAGGAUUCGAUUCCCCAGGCCUCAACACUUACAAAGUGACAAGGAUAGCUGGCAGACCAUACUUAACUUCAUGAUCUCAUCCAGUUUAACAAGUUACUGUCAUUGUAAGUGGGGUGCUGUCGAGGAAACAUACAAUGAGUAACGUGAUAUUGCAUAAAUAUGAAAGUUUGGAAUGUUUCCAGUGGUCAGUGUCACCUCUUUCUUAAAUCAAUGUGAUUAAUCUGAAAUUUUAUUUUGAUUUAUAAUUUAUUUAACUCUCAUACUAGCAAUUUAAUAAUUUUGUCUUGUCCAGAUCUUUGAGAGGUAUUCUCCUGCAAAGUAACUAGUACAGGCAAUGCAGAACUGACACAUUGCUGUAUAAAUGUUUGCUAAGACAUGUUUGGUUAAUGGGCAGUAAAUCUUUCCUUAAAAGUGCCUACAGUGUGACCGAAUAAGAUAUGUCAAAUGAUGGUAAUUAAUAUCUUAAGCUUGUGAAAUUUAUAAUGAAAUAAUUGAAAUAAUUUUACAGCCUGCAGUUUGUAUAUCACUUUUGUCUGGAGGUAAAAAUAAUGCUUUCUUUUAUUGGAAUGUGUGAAUUUGUAAAAGAAAAAUCUCACUAAGUAAAGUUUGUGAAUGUGUAAUAAAGUUUGGUUGCUGUAGAAA